CUGGACAAUCCCGAAUAUACCAUAUCUUCAGUUAGUAGAUUCUACUCCCCCAGUCUCCCGUUGUGUCUUGGCCCUCCGACGUCUCUUCAGAAAUUCAUAUAUUGCUAUCGCCCCUGCAGCAAAACUGCCCACGCCUCCUAGAGUACCUGCGAUGACUGCUGCGAGAUUUAUGCCUGUUGGAGUGGGGUUUGGGUUUGAUGUGCUUGAUGUCUGCGUAGGAAUGAAUGUUGUGCUUGCAGUGCCUGGGCUCGGUGUAGGCGUGCUUGAUUGCGAGGCUGGAGCAAUCACUGGCGUUGUAUUCGAGGUUGUGGCUGGGGUUGAAAUUGAGAUCGAGGUUGAGGGUGAUGUAGUUGAAACUCUAACGAUAUUGACACUGAGAUCGGGAAUCGCGGCGCAUUGGAAUUGCACGAGCACGGUGGAGCAGAGCGAGAAGCAACAAAUGACGAAAGGGAAGAACACCACACGUGAAAUAAGAUGUUGGCCCUCCAAUACCGCCAGAGACACAGCCGGAACAAAUCACGGAUCCAUCACGCUUUCGUCCAACAUCUGCAACCUGUUGGGCCAAAACUGGCGCAGGAGUGAUUUGACAUUCGGGAGGUCCUGCGCGGUUUUCAUCUUGCGAGUCUACCGGUGCGACAUCAGCAAGGGCCAACUCGUCUGGUUGGGCGACUCCAAUCACAAGACUGGCAUACACAGUUAA